UCCGGGAGUAAGGGUAAUUCAUGAUGGCGGGGGCUGGUUCCGCUGCUGUGUCCGGGGCAGGGACCCCGGUGGCGGGGCCUGCAGGCCGCGACCUCUUCGCCGAGGGGCUCCUCGAGUUUCUGCGGCCGGCUGUGCAGCAGCUCGAUUCUCACGUCCAUGCAGUCAGAGAGAGCCAGGUAGAGCUGCGGGAACAAAUUGACAACCUAGCUACUGAAUUGUGCCGUAUCAAUGAGGAUCAGAAAGUGGCCUUGGAUCUCGACCCCUAUGUGAAGAAGCUUCUGAAUGCCCGGCGACGAGUUGUCUUGGUCAACAAUAUUCUACAGAACGCCCAGGAACGGCUGAGGCGGCUAAACCACAGUGUUGCCAAGGAAACAGUCCGAAGGAGGGCAAUGCUGGAUUCAGGAGUUUACCCCCCUGGCUCCCCAAGCAAGUAACAGGAUAGAAGAUGGGCUUCAGAAUAGCACAAGUACUAUUUUCCAGCUGCCUCAUUUCCUCCAGGACACCCUGUAAACCUUGGGACAUGAAGGCAGUCCUAUGGAUUGUGUUCAAAGCACUUAAGUUCUACCCAGCCCUGACUGGUGUGGCUCAGUUGGUUGAGUGUUGUCCUAGGCACCAAAAGGUUGCCAGUUUCUCAGUUAGGUGCAUACAGGAGGCAACUGAUGUUUCUCUCUCCUUCUCCCUUCCUCUCUAAAAAAAUCAAAAACAUAUUUAAAAAAUACCUUACCCUCUUAUGUGGGGGUCCAAAGAAACCUAGGUUCAGCAGAACUCAGAAUCCCAAAGGAUUUAUUCCAGCUCUUGCUUUCUUCCCAGAAUGAGCUGAGACUUCUACAUUGUAUUUCUUGUUAAUCCUACGUAAUGAUACUUUUCCACUGAGUUUUAGGUAGAGUGGGAGGGAGACAGAGAAAUAUCAAUGACAUCAAUUGGUUGCCUCCUGCAUGACCCCAACUGGGG